AUGAAGCCCCGACACAAACAAAACUUCAAUGAGCAGAAUAGAGUGAAGCCAACGGAAAUUGUCGGCUACAAGAAUUGGAAAGAGAAAGAAUUGGCGUCAAGAAAGGAGAAUAUCGAAAUGAGAAGUGAAAAUGAGUGGGUAUCGAUUUGGAAUAAAGAGCUGACGAAAAAUGAGAGACAUCGAUGGAUGAACGACGCGAAAAAGGAGGAAAAAGCGCUGUUGGAAUUGCUGAGUAUCGAGAAACCACCGCAAGACGCCUACCAUCUUUGGUUCAAGGAGAAGGUGCCGGAAUUCAAAAAGAAGGAUCCGCAUUUGACGUUUGGUGAUCUUUCGAAAAUGAUGGCAGAAGUUUGGAACAGUAUGAGUGAAGUGAAGAGGAGACCGUUUCAUGAGAAACUUCGGAUACUCAGAAUUAUUUUUGAAGAGAAGCUGAGCCACCACUAUGAAGUCACCCUCGUACAGAACGCCCGUCAACCGCCCCUCCGAAGUGCCCCUGUCAAACCCAUCCCCGUCCGAAAACCUCUAGCAGUCAGACCUCCAGCAAAACGAAAUAAGGAGGAUUCUCUCAUGUUCCCUAAUAUCAAAGUGUCAAAAUUUCCAGUUGAUAUCAGAACCAUCGAGCCGACUAUUAAACAAAUUGAUGAUGUUCAAUGGGACUUUUUUCCAUGGCUUGAUGUGUUGAAAAGUAUAUAUUCUUGA